GUCAAAUGUCAAGUCAAUGUCUUUGUCAGAAACAUAUUAGGAAUCGCGUGGAUUUUUCCAAAUCAGAAAUGUAUUUAAUAAAUUGUUAAUUAUUUGUUGUACUAAUUUGUAAGGAUGGCGCGUCAUCGUAAUAUAAGAAACAGAAGUUAUUCAGAUGAUUACGACUACGAAGAUGUGUAUGGACAUUCUGUUGAAGACGACGUUUGUUUAUCUCCAAGUGAUGCUGCACAGUUUUUGUACGAUCGUUCGCAAAACCAGCACGCUAUAUCACAGUUUCUAGACUCUCAUGACGAUAUACAAGAGGAGCCGGAAGAUGAUGACGUCGACAACUCACGCCCUGGGCUCGAGCGUCGGGAAUCUGUGGACUUGAGGGGCUUGAACUUAUCUGAAGAGGAUGAAGCAAAACUUAUGUCAUGCUUGGAUGAACUAAGAAACAUUUUAGGUGAUACCUUGUCUGAUAAUAUUCUAAUACAGGCAGUUUUGAAACACAGAUUUGAUUAUACUAGAGCACUUGAUGAAAUAUUAAAUAAUAAUAAAUCUGCUAAUGACUUGUCAAAUAUACAACAACGUAUCGAUUCUACAAGGCCUAAAGUAGUUGUUGAACCACCUUUAGUUAUUCCAGUUGUUGAGAAAGCCCCUCUUCCCAUAUCUACAGUAGACAAAACAGCAAAAGUAAUUGCUUCCAAAAUUGAAAAGACAACACCAGUAGUAAAAGGUUUUCAAAUCAAUGCAGAUGGUAGUACAAAUAGUAGACCUCAAACUCCCAGAGAUCAGUCUCCUGCAGUGGAAAGAAUACAAUCUAGAAAUGACAAUUUAGAUGAUAGUAAGACAACUCCAAAAGUUAAAGAAAGUAAAAUAGAUCCAAAUACAAAAUUUGCAAAUGAAAGAGGUUCUGAUAAAGAGCAUUUAUAUAUUGUUGUUAUUGGGCAUGUUGAUGCUGGCAAGUCUACAUUAAUGGGACAUUUACUUUGCAAGCUAGGUGAAGUCAGCCAAAGGACACUACAUAAAUAUGAGCAGGAGAGCAAGAAGAUAGGAAAACAAAGCUUCAUGUAUGCUUGGGUAUUAGAUGAAACUGGAGAAGAAAGAGUGAGAGGGAUCACAAUGGAUGUUGGAAAGGCUCAGUUUGAAACAAAGACGAAAAAAGUUAUUAUAUUAGAUGCACCAGGCCAUGCAGAUUUUAUUCCUAAUAUGAUCACCGGUGCUGGACAAGCAGAUGUGGCUCUUUUAGUAGUAGAUGCUACUAGAGGUGAAUUUGAAUCAGGAUUUGAACUUGGUGGACAAACUAGAGAGCAUGCUUUGCUGGUAAGGUCACUUGGAGUAAAUCAGUUAGCUGUGGCUGUCAACAAAUUAGACACAACAAACUGGUCCCAUGAACGGUUUAAUGAAAUUGUUAAAAAAUUAAAAGCAUUUUUAAAACAAGCAGGAUUUAAAGACUCUGAUGUUACUUUUGUGCCAUGUUCUGGUCUGACAGGAGAAAAUCUUGUUAAAACCCCAACUGAAGAUGAAUUACUGAAAUGGUAUAGUGGUCCUUGCUUGCUUGAUGUUAUAGAUAAGUUUAAUGUUCCAGAGAGACCUGUUUCAAGGCCUUUGCGAAUGUCCAUUAAUGAUGUUUUUAAAGGGACAGGGUCUGGCUUCUGUGUGGCUGGUCGAAUAGAAACUGGAAUACUAAAUAAAGGUGAUAAAGUAUUGGUUUGCCCUUCCAAAGAGACAGCUGAAGUUAGAAGUCUUGCUAUUAAUGAGUUAACUACUAAUGCAUCAUUUGCUGGAGAUCAAGUUGCUGUGACAUUGUCAGGGGUAGAAAUGCAAAAUGUAUCAAUUGGAUACAUAUUGAGCGAUCCUGUGAACCAAGUGCCAGUAACAUCAAGGUUUGAAGCACGACUUGUAGUCUUCAAUGUGAAAGUGCCUAUUACAAAAGGCUAUCCUGUACUAUUGCAUCACCAAUCACUGGUAGAAUCGGCACAUAUUAGUAAACUGAAAGCACUUUUGAAUAAGAGCACUGGAGAAUUAAUGAAGAAAAAGCCUAGAUGCUUAGGAAAUAAUUCAGUAGCCUUAGUAGAAAUUGAAGUAUGUAGGCCUAUUUGUAUGGAGCGAUACAAAGAUGUUAAGGAGUUAGGAAGAGUAAUGUUACGUGUUGCCGGUGUUACAAUAGCUGCUGGACUUGUCACCGAGAUUUAUACAGAUUGAUCUGAUAUUCUGUUUAAUAUUUGUUGGUCAAAUGUAGCAUUUCUGGCUUUAAAUGAGAACACCCAAUAGAAGGGAAAUGUAAAUUUCAUAUGGCUAAAUAUUUAUAUACAUUAUUGUAUUGUGCUAUACUUAAUCGUGAUAAUUAUAAAAUUUAAAUUAUAUUUAUGUCAAUAAAUACAAAUUCUAUGAUUUUA